AUGGCUUCCACGGAGCGCAACGUCGGUAGCGCAAAGAAAACGGUCGCCGUUGUUGGCUCCGGCCUGGCUGGAUUGGCUACCGCCCAUCUUCUUCACAGCGACCGCCAUCAACGGUAUGCAGUCACUGUGCUAGAAUGCGCCGCGAAUUUCUCCUUCGACUCGGCUUCCGUCGCAAUCCGCGAUGAAUCCUCAAAACACAUCGUAGAGCGCAUCGACGUGCCCAUGCGCGCAUUCGCGCUGGGCUACUAUAACAACUUGAUUCGCAUGUACAAAUACCUCGACAUUCAAUAUAAUCGCCAACGCUUCAUCUACACAUUCUCGGAAAAAUCCACCAGCGCUGCUCCGGACCCUUAUUUCAUCCACACCUCCAACAACCACCGACUCCCGCCUAUUCGGCCCGAAAGCGCGAAUUUCGUCUCCUGGCUCUUCGACAUCGUCUAUGUCGCGGUAUGCUAUCUCUGGUGGGCGUUGUGCUGUUUCUGGGUUGCGCCUAAUCCCGCGACGCGGGACCGCGAAUGCGAGUCGUUGGAAGAGUAUAUGCGACGUAUCAUGCUUCCGCGGCGGUUCGUGCAGUUGUACUUGUUACCUCUAAUGGCGAGCGUGGCGACAUGCACACAUACAGCGCUCCUUCAAUUCCCGGCCGCCGACUUGAUCGAGUAUAAGAAACGAUCGGCUGGCCAGCAGCACUUCACCGUCACGGAGCUGGACCAAGUGCAGAAGAAGCUAGGCGCUGGCAUACCCGUCCGAUUCUCCACCGUGGUCAACAAAGUCGAAGCGACUCCAGACAGCAAAGUCAGGAUCCUAUCGAGUACCUCGAAUGGCGCAAGCCGCGACGAAACCUUCGACCACGUGGUUCUCGCCGUCGCCCCGGGCAUCGUUGGGAAAAUCUACCAGCCGCUCGAGAAAGCCAUGUCGCAGAUCCCCUCCACGCUCGUCGAAAGCGUGGUGCAAGCUGGCGAUGCGCGACUUCGCCGUCAAUCAACAUGUCCUGCGCCGGGCCACAACGCACCGCAUACCCUGCACUUCCGCACCUCCGCCACCCUCGCGCAAACAGAGUCCAUCCACGUGUAUCCUUCAGGGGCAAUGGUGACAACAUGUCCCUUCAACGACCUCUCCUCGGCGCAGAAUGUGCUCAAAUCCGCCAGUUUUCACAGAGGUCUAAGGACGACGCGGAGUAGACGUGUUGUGAACGACAUGUUCGACGAUCACCCCACCGCUGCAUCCUACGCUGUUGAUGAGAAACCGAGCUCCUGGAGGAAUGGAGAUGAGAAUGUGUGGGUGGUUGGGGGCUGGUGCUGGGAUGGCAUGGUGCUGUUGGAGGGGUGUGUUGUUUCUGCCAUGAGGGUCGCAGAGAGUCUUGGUGUGCAUGUUCCAUGGCGAAAUCAGGCCAUCUGA